CUUCAAGCGUAGCUCAUGUGUUCGACAGCUGAUUCUUGUUGGCCAUCAUCAAAUAUCUUCAGGAAGGCAGCUACAAAAGCACCUCCAGCUGGUGCAGCUCAUGCUGACAUAACGGGUGGUUCCUCCUCCAAAACAUUCAGUCCACUCCAUAUUUUGCGCCAUUGCAACAACGAAGCCCCACGCAUGAUUACAGGUGAAUGUAACAUCAUAUCACGCGAGCCGUCUGAAAGAGACAUUUGGGUAGCAUCAUCUCGCGUUUGCAAGCCUGUCGGACUCAAGCGAAGCGACACGCUCGAAGCAACGUGGAUAAGACCUGCGUUGCUUAUGCCUGAUUGUUUGUAGCCGCCAAGAGGCUGAUCAUGUCGCAUCAUGGAACCCCAUGUU